CCUCAUCUCUUGGACAUAGCCAGGGUCACUUUGUGCAGGCACAGCCAACGAGGUGUCUAGUCGCAGCGCAGCGCAGCAAGCAGCCAAAGCACAGCACAGAUGGUCAGCUGCGCUACUCAUGCUGCUGCCUGCCACAUGCGUGGCGACUUGGGGUUUGAACGAAGCGAUGGGUAAGACCCCGUGGGUCAUCUGGUAAAUCACAUCUGCGAAGGCGAUUCUUCUUGAUACUAAUCGAACAGCAUGGAUGCUCCCCGGCCAGCCUCGGUGGGCGCUGUCAGCGGCGACAGCAAGCCUGACCCGGCGACUGAUCCGGCCCCUGGUUUGGGCGGCCUCACGCCGGAGCUGUGGCAGCUGGUGUACGGCGCCGCCUCCUCCGCCUCCUCCUCCUCCGCCUCCUCCACUGGGGCGGCGGUGGCGCUGCGCGACGUGCUGCGUGGCCGCGCCGUGUGCCGCGGCUUCAGGGCCGCGCUGCCCAAGGCGCUGCGCAGCGCGGUGCUGGACCGGCCGCUCAGCCAGGCCGACCUCCUGUGGGUGUGCCGCACCUUCCCGCACCUGCAACAGCUGGAGCUGCGGUCGCGACCGACUGCAGCCGCAGCCGCUCCUACAACCGCUACUGCCAGGAACUGGGCGGGCGGCGGAAGGGGCGCAGAGAAAGAGGAGGAGGACGAUGAGGAGGAGGAGGAGGCGGGCGGUGUCCGGGACUGGAGUCAUUGGGGGGACUGGAGCGGGAGGCGGCGCAGGCGGCAGGCGGCUCAGCAGCAGCAGGCUCUGGACCUGAGCCCGGCUGCGGGCGUGUGGCUGCCCCACCUUCAGGAGCUCACGGUGACGUUCACGCCGCUGCGCACGUGUGUGUUCACCUCCGCCAACACGCCGAGGCUGCAGCGGCUGGCGGUCAUGCAGCUGCAGGACUCGGGCCCCCUGGACGCCUUCCACCUGCAGCUGCCGGAGCUCACCUGUGCGAGCCUGGACGGCGUGUCGGUGCGUGACGGCUCCGGCUUCGGCGCCUCGCUGUCCGCCUGCCCCCGCCUGCGCGCCUUCACCGCCGGGCGGCUGCUGGGCGUGCACGGCAGCCACCACCUGGCGCUGCCCGCCUGCCAGCAGCUGUGCCUGCACAGGUGCGAGGACCUGCGCGGUCUGCGGCUGUGGGCGCCGCGGCUGCAGCUGCUGGACCUCACCGGCUGCAUGAGCCUGUCGCGGGUGGAGCUCGUGGCUGACGAGGAGGCCCUCGGGGGCCGCAGUGGCGCCGUGCCGUCUGGUGCAGGGGGACCGCAGGUGCUGCUGGCUCCAGAGCGAGGUGCGGCCGGCAGCGCGGCUGCCCCCGCAUCCAAGGAGCAGCUGCUGUCGCCGGGCCUGUCGCGGACAGGGGUAGCGCUGGCGCCAGCCGGCCCGGCGGCGGCCGACGGCACAGCUAGUGUCGUUGGCGCCAGUGGCUCCUACUCCGCAGCAGCAGGGCCUGCGCCGGACACGUCCGCGGCGCCGGUGGUGGUGGACCUGUCCGGCACCCUGGCCAGCAGCACCACACUGCAGCACCUGAAGAGCCACCCCCGGGUGCAGAAACUACUGCUACUGCCGGAGGGCGCCGGCGCAUGCAGCAGCAGUAGCAGUGGUGGUGGUGGGGCUGGGGAUGGCGGGGGCGGCGCUGUAGGGCUGGCAGGUGCUAGCGGCGGUGGGCCGGGCAGCGGAGGAGGAAGUGGAGAGUUGGGUCGGGGCGCAGGUGCUGGCCCGGUGGUGUCGGCGGGUGAGGGCAGUGGGUCUGCUGUGGGUGCUGCCCGCGAGGAGGCUGCGACGGCGGCUGUAUCACACCUGGCGGCUGCGCUCGCGGGUGCAUCGCUGCACUACUAGUGCUCGGGGCAACCUAGGGCGAGGGGACGCGGUGUGCAGGCCGCCCGCUGGGCUGGCGAGGGGCUCGGUUGAUGUCUGGCUGCGUGGUCACUUAUGGAGCCAAUAAACACAAAUGCACAAACGCGGUUGUAGAGCUGGCUUCCUUGUGCUGUCUCAUGGUGCACGCGGCCGUUGCUUGCUGACUGCGCCGCCUGGUGCCGCUGCGGCAAUGUGGGUGAUGCCAGGGGAGAUUGUCAUCUCUUGUAGCCGGAACGCCGUAAAAGG